UUCUUAUGGCUUUAGCUUUAAACCUGCAAAAGUGCUUUCUUAGAGCCUCUACCAAGAGGGCUCCAUAACACAUGGAGAAAAGUCUUCUUUUUUUUUCCAAACCUACAAAUUAUAAAAAUUAUUUCAUAGCAAACAAGUAUGUUCAUCAUCAUCAUCAUUUGAUAAACAUGCAAAACCCUAAUCAUCAUGAUAACUCAUCAUCAUCAAGAAGUCAAUCACCGGAAGAUGUUGAGCCUGUUUCCGAUUCCAAGUGGGCUCCUAGGCUUCUCCGUGAGUGUGCUACCGCGAUUUCUAAUAAGGAUUCAACAAAGAUCCAUCACUUGUUAUGGAUGUUGAAUGAACUUGCUUCUCCCUAUGGUGAUUGCAAUCAAAAAUUGGCAUUUUAUUUCUUACAAGCACUUUUUUGUAAGGCCACGGAUACUGGCUUGAGGUGUUACAAAACCCUAACUUCAGCUGCUGAAAAAAGCAAAUCAUUUGAUUCAUCUAGGAAAUUGAUCUUAAAGUUUCAAGAGGUAAGUCCAUGGACAACUUUUGGUCAUGUUGCAUCAAAUGGUGCAAUAUUAGAAGCAUUAGAUGGAGAGAAUAAGCUUCAUAUAAUUGAUAUAAGUAACACUUUUUGUACUCAAUGGCCUACUUUGCUUGAAGCUUUAGCUACACGAAACGAUGAAACGCCACAUCUUAAGCUCACGGUUGUGGUCAUGGAGAGCACCCUAGUGAAGCCUCAUGUUAUGAAAGAAGUAGCACAAAGGAUGGAGAAAUUUGCUAGGUUAAUGGGAGUGCCUUUUGAGUUUAAUGUUAUAAGUGGAUUGAACCAUUUGAAAGAACUCACGAAAGAGAGUUUGAAUAUACAAGAAGAGGAAGCAUUGGCUGUGAAUUGCAUUGGAGCAUUGAGAAGAGUUGAAGUAGAUGAAAGGGGAGCUUUUAUAAGAAUGCUUCAAUCACUUAACCCUAAAGUUGUGACAAUAGUAGAACAUGAGGCUGAUUUUUCUAGCACAAGGAAUGACUUUGUUAAGUGCUUUGAAGAAUGUCUUAGGUUCUACACAUUGUAUUUUGAGAUGCUUGAUGAAAGCUUUCCAACAACAAGCAACGAAAGGCUAGUGAUCGAAAGGGAAUGUUCUAAAUGCAUAGUUAAGGUUUUGGCUUGUGAUAAUAAUGAGAUUGGUGAUGAUCAAGGAGAUAGUGAAAGAAGAGAAAGAGGAAACCAAUGGUGUACAAGACUUAAGGAAUGUUUUACCCCGUUUACACUAAAUGAUGAUGCUGUUGAUGAUGUUAAGGCUUUGCUUAAGAGGUAUAAAGCUGGAUGGUCACUUGUGCUACCACAAGCAAAUCAAGAGUCACCUGGAAUUUACUUGACAUGGAGAGAAGAACAAGUGGUAUGGGCUUCCUCAUGGAAACCCCAGGAAAAAUCAAUGGAGGUAGAGACAUGAUCAGCAAUGAAGAUUCAUAUAGCUGAAUUCGACGUGUGUGAUGAUUAUAUUACUGAAGAUUCAUAUAGUUGAACUG